AAACGUUAAUAUUCAGUCUGCAGUGAGCUAAUUAUAUCCUUCUGUUGGAUAAAAAAAUUUCAGUACAUACAAAUACCAUAAUAUAUUUUUUUAUAUUUCAUAAUAUCUUUUUUGCUAUAAUUACUAUUUUAUAAUAUUGAAUUGAAUAUAAACCAUGCAAAACAACAUUAUACCAUCCUCCAUAAACAAAUCAUGUAGGGAGAGUGUCCACCAAAGUCCAACAAUAACGAAAUAAUAACCAAACCAACAAUAAGAACAAUACGGCGAAAUCAGAUACCAUUAGAGUAUAAUAAUAAUAAUAGUUUCUAAAAAAAAUUUAGUGCUAAAAAAGAACACCUGAACAGAAAGCAGCAGCACAGCGAGGGGAUUAUCUGGAAAAGAACAAGUCAUCCGACCAAUCCCUGAGCCCCAAGUCAGCAUAACUCCCCCUGCCCUCCCGGUUUCUGCCACGUUGCCCACGCGGUCCCACAUUCCCCAGCCGCGUCUCACUGGCGUCAUUAUUAUCGCUCACCUACUAAAUUAAUCAAAAAUAAAAUUUAACAUAAAUCAAUAAAUUAAAUCCUUAAACCCUCCUUUAACCUCUCUUUAAUAAGUUCACCAAUGCCCAACCUUUGACAUAUCCACACGCAAUCCCCAAUUCCCUUCCCCGUACAUCCUUUUAAUCCGUCAAAAAACAAUUUAGAAAAAUAAAAUGAAUCAACCCCUUUCACUUUCCCGGAAAUUUCCGCUUCGCUUAACUUCCCCUCUAAUUUUCCUUCCCCUUUAAAACCCUCUUCAUAAACUCCACUCCCAAUCUCUUCUCUCCACUUUCACCCCCUUCUAAUUCCUCACUCCUCAUAACUUCCUUUUUUUUCUUUUCCAGAAGAAAAAGCUUCCCCUGUCUCUCUAAUCACAGACUCUGUUGCACUAAACCCAGUUCGUGAAUCGGAUCAGAGAUGGAGAACAAUCAACAAUCGUCUUUUUGGCAGUUCAGCGACCAGCUGAGGGUGCAGGGCAACAACUUAGCCAACAUCUCCCUCAACGAUUCCAUCUGGAGCAGCUCCUACGCCAAAAACCGGCCCGAGCAGCGCCGCAACUUCGACAUCCGGGUCGGAGCCGAGCUCAACAACAAUUCUCCUCCCCCCGCCGCCACCAGGCCCCAGGUAGGUUCUUCCGAUUGGAACGGCUUCAACGACGGCUGGAAGGUCGGGGUUGGAGGAGCCGGUUCGCCCGCCGGGUCGAACAACAAUUUUACCGGUUUGUUGAAUAACAACAACAACCACAACCACUCCGUAAUCGGCGGAGGAAGCGGAUCUCACCCGAUGAACCCCGUCGGGCUCAACGGCGGCUUCAACAAGGGGAUUUACUCCAAGGGUGGGCUGAACAGCGGGGGUUUCAAUUUUAAUGUGAAUCCGAGGGCUGGGAAGAACGGCAAGGGGUUUGGAUUCGACGAUGAGCAGCACAAUCUCGUCGGCGGGAAGUUCGGGAAGAAGAACGGCGGUAGGAAGAAUAACGACAGCAACGAUAAUGGUAAAGAAGGGAAAGAUGGGAAACAGAAUGGUGUUGACAAGAGGUUCAAGACUCUUCCGCCGUCCGAGGCUCUGCCCAGGAACGAGACCAUCGGCGGGUAUAUCUUCGUCUGUAACAACGACACCAUGGCGGAGAAUCUCCGGCGCCAGCUCUUCGGUUUGCCGCCGCGAUACAGGGACUCAGUCAGGGCGAUUACGCCAGGGUUGCCGCUUUUCCUCUACAACUACUCCACCCACCAGCUCCAUGGAAUUUUCGAGGCAGCUAGUUUCGGAGGGUCGAACAUCGAUCCGUCAGCGUGGGAGGACAAGAAAUGUGCAGGGGAAUCAAGGUUCCCUGCGCAGGUUAAAGUGGUAACCAGGAAAGUCUGCGAGCCACUGGAAGAAGACUCAUUCAGGCCGAUUCUCCACCAUUACGACGGCCCAAAGUUCCGUCUCGAGCUCAACGUGCCCGAGGCGCUCUCGCUUCUCGACAUCUUUGGUGAUCAGAAGGCUUGAACAGAAUGCAGCAAAGGAGUUUUACUAUAGAGGGGUUUUUGGUGUUACAGGAAAAUAUGGACACCAUGAUGAAGAAGAGGGUUAGAGGUGAAAGUGAAAAAAAAAGUGGAGACAAAGUUUGGGUUUUUACUUUUCAUUUUUUUUCCACCCCUUUCACUUCUGGAGUGGUAAGGAAUUAAAGAUAUAUACUAUAAUAUGCAUAGAUAAAUAUGUAUACAAUCGAUAUAUGUGUAAGCCGUAUCUCCAUGUAACAUAUUUGUGGGAUGUGAGAGCUUCUUUAUAUAUUUUUCAUCCUUCUUGUUCUAUGUUUAUGUUUGUUUUUGAUAAUUAAUUUAUCAUAUCUUUAUGAAUUUUAUGUGUGGAUAAUUGUAAUGAGACAGUAAUCUAAUGAUGCAUGAAUGGUAAAAUGACAUGAUAUUGUGAGUAAUAAGUCCAUUUAUAUAGAAGAUUAGAGUAGACAUGAGAGAUGAGACUACUGAACCUUGAAGAACAGAGUGAGCUGAGUAGAUAUAAGUGCACCAACUUCUAUUCUGUUAACAUGUCGACGGCUUCUGUGCAGUAUGUUUUUGAUUUUCAUGAACAAAUACACCAAACAGAUUGAUCAGAUAUUAUGGCUGCAACAUUGUUUGACACGUGGCUUAGAUGCUUGCUAGCAUUGGUGGAAAAUGUAUAUGGAAUCAAAAUUCAAGGGAGCAGGUGGAGUCGUAUAGCCCAUAGAAACAGAGGGCCAUAGCCAAAAUUCCAACUUAUUCUUGGGGAUAGUUUGGAAUUUGGGGUUGCUCCUCUGUCAUUUUCUUAUGAAUAUUAUGUAUCUGUCAAAUUGUCAAUCACAUCCCAACUUACAAAGAAAACAAAAUUGGAAAAGUUUGUCCAAAGUGGUGCCAAAAUUUGGUGGACUUCUUCUUCCUAACCCAUUUCUUAAGCAACAAGAACGCGAGACUGUUUCAAUAAGAUGGAUGACAUUAUUAGUCAUUAGAUACAGGUUAGAUAUAGUAAUGCGAGAAAUAUUUCAUCUCAUUAAGAUAAGUUAUACAAAGAUCACCAAAUGACCUGUACAUAAAAUCUUAAGGAUCAUUACUCCAUAAAUUCAUCACCGUGCAUCAACCCGAUUUCGUUGUUAUUUCUUUCUUUACUUUCGUAUUAGGCUCUGUUUACGGACUAUCAUUCCGAUUAUCAGUUCGAUUAUAGUUGCUUUUGGACAUUGUUUGAUCUACUUGAUUCUAAUCAACGUUUCAUUGUGGAAUAACGAUCCGAAAAAUGAUUAUUUCAAAGCUUUCCCCCCUCUGUGUAUCAGCGAUGAUCGGGGACAAAAGAAUUGGCCAUUGAGCUUGCAGAUAACCUUGAUUUCCCACCUCUGUUACAGGGAAAGAAAAACAAGGAUCAUGGCAGCAAAUUAUUGAUGGCGGAGGACAUGUGUUUGGGUGAGAUGGCAUGCUGUGUCCUGUCUUUAGGUUCUUAUCAACUCAUGAUUUUAAUGAGGGAUCUGGUCUGGUCUCCACCACAAGUCUUUUCUUCCCUCCAUAUUAACUACCCACCAACUGGCUGAUGGAUGGAUUGCCUAAAUUCAAAGUCAAAACAACCCUCCACCUGUUUCCUCUAGAUUCAAUGAUGCAUGUAUUGCCUCUCACCCUCUUAGAGGUGGGUCAUUUCCUUGUGCUAAAUUGUGUGCACCAAGAUGAUGAACUCUCUUCUUCAGAAUUUGCUUUGGGCAAGACCCAUGAAACAUAGAGAAAUGAAUCUACUCCCAUCAGUAUGAUUCUGUUAGGAGUUUUUCUAUUGAACCUCUUCUAAACGCAGUCACAAAUCAAAUACAGAUUAGCAAAUAAUACAUCUAAUCAAAU